AUGAUCAACUGUCAAUAAAAUAAACGAUAAAAUUGUUACAAUUUCAUCUUUGGAUCUACUAAAGAACAGCGGUCUACUUCCAUGAAAGUAGAGAGAUUGAGGUAGAUCACCGAGAUCUGUGAAAUCAAAUAGAAUUAUUAUAAAGGAUUGGAAUUGGGGAAGACCAGCGAAAAUGCAUUGAAAAUUAUUCAUAUGAAAUUGGAGAGACAGAGACUGAGAAGACAGUCAUUUGAGACUAAAACUGAAAUGGAAGAUGAACAUCUACCUCAAAUUUAGUAUCCCAUUAAGCCCCCAAUUCCACAGAGGACAGUAUUAAGCAAUAAAGAAAAUAUUAUUGAAAUGCCAUUUAAUUAAGGAAAAUAAAAUUAGUUUUAAAGAUUGUAUCAGAUGAAACGAAGAAGAAUAUCAUAGAGAAUGAAGAUUAAGAAGAGUGAACCCACAAUAGAUUUUAGUCCUUGGGAGAACUAGGAUAAUCUUGAUUUUGAUUUUUAUUGA